AUGCAAGACGGCCGUAAGGAGAAUGUCCAUUUCGACAAAAUCACGUCGCGGAUUCGCCAUCUCUGUUAUGAUCUUAACAUGGAACAUGUUGAACCGGUUCUCGUUGCACAAAAAGUCGUUGGUGGCUUAUAUACUGGUGUUACGACUGUUGAAUUGGAUAACCUAGCCGCUGAAGUUGCUGCUACUAUGACGACUAAGCAUCCCGACUAUGCUAUACUGGCUGCUAGAAUUGCCGUCAGUAAUUUACAUAAGGAAACUAAAAAAGUGUUCUCGGAAGUUAUAAACGACUUGCGGAACUACGUCAACCCCAAGACGCAGAAGAUGUGCCCUAUGAUAUCCGAGAAGAUAUAUCAAAUUGUUCAAGAUAAUGCUGACAGACUGAACUCAGCCAUAGUGUAUGACCGAGAUUUUAAUUAUAAUUAUUUUGGCUUCAAGACUUUGGAAAGAUCGUACCUACUCAAAAUUAAUGGAAAAGUAGCUGAAAGACCACAACAUAUGAUAAUGCGCGUUGCGGUCGGAAUACAUGAAGAUGACAUCGAUGCUGCCAUUGAGACUUACGAUCUGAUGUCCGAAAAGUGGUUUACGCAUGCAUCUCCAACGCUUUUCAAUGCCGGCACAAUGCGACCUCAGUUGAGCAGUUGCUUCCUCGUGAAUAUGAAAAGCGACAGCAUCGAAGGAAUCUAUGACACGCUCAAAGAAUGUGCUAUUAUUUCCAAAAGCGCCGGUGGAAUCGGUCUUAGUAUACAUUGCAUAAGGGCGACCGGGAGCUACAUAGCGGGAACAAAUGGUACUUCUAAUGGCUUAAUGCCGAUGAUCCGCGUGUUCAAUAACACUGCGCGCUAUGUGGAUCAGGGUGGAAAUAAGGUAAAUGUGUCACAGUUGUUUUGUUAGUU